AUGGCCAUUGGCCUGCGCCAUGUAUUGCCCUGUUGUUCCCUGUCUACUGCGUUGUUCUUCUCGUCUUGUUCGCCCUCGGGCCUCUGGUUGGGUGAAACGCGCUUGACAUCAUCUCACUCACCAGCUGUUGCAGCUAGUCCACACCCGAUGCGACAGGCCCCGCCGGGUCAAGGCCAGUCCCUGGCUCUCAGUAGUAGUAGUUCGACCCCUGACGAGUUGACAGCGGCAGUGGCAGCACCAGGAGCAGCAGCAGCAACCGCAACAGCAGGAUCAGGACCGGCGGCGCACACGCCUGCCAUCCAUUCUCCCUCAGACAGAGCCGCUUCUGCAUCUGCUCCUCCUGCCGCUGGUGCUUCUGGCAUUUCUGCUGCCACGAGAAACCCACCUUCGUCGACGCCACACAGUCGAGAUGUUUCUAGUGCUCGAGGCCGGGCGGGAGAUGCGACUUCGGCAACUGGAUUUGGCCUUGCUUCUUCUCUCCAACCACAUCCCCAGCUACGCAACCAGUCUCACUCGAAGAGCCCGGAGCCGUCGAGCGAGCGAGAACGGUCCGUCGGCGUUGCGUCUGACAGCACUGAAGGCCUAGAGAGACGGCCGUCGAACUCGUACGGCCAUCACCGUCAGGCCUCUAUCGUCCACGGCAACAUUCAGCACUCGAGAGGACCUAGUUUUGCCAAUUCGCAAGUCACCUCUAGCCCUCUCAGUCCCGAGAUGAUCUCGGCAGCUGGACUCACGCCGUCUCUGAACGAAUCUAAGCUGAACGGCGGUUCUCGAGAGAAUGGAGACUACUCAUCUUCCAACUUUGUAUCCUCUGCCGGCGGCGUGGGGAAUAUUCUUCAGGCCUCCCCUUUGUCGUUGAUACAGGAUACCGUGAGGCAAGAUGGCUUGGAACGCCAACACUCCCAUCGUCGAGCUGUUACAACGGGUAAACUACGGAGGGAAAACUCUCACUCGAAAACUCGGUCUGGUCAUACCAACCAGGAAGCAAAGACAGUGGGAGAGUAUGCUCUCCAUCACCUUUUUAAUUCGUUCGUGGGCCAAGCGGAGGAAAAGAUCAACAAAUGUAUCAUGAGCUUAGGGGAGUUUGAGGCGCCUGUAGAACAGGUAUGCGGUCCUGGUGCGGACCCAACCUUUGAUCAACUUAUAGCUGCUCUCGGUCAUAUUGCGAAGCAGAAACCAAAACCGCUUAUCGACACGAUCAUGGUAUGGAGAAAGUCAAAAGGUGAUGCUGCGGCUACCGCAAAGCAAGGCUGGGUUCAGGUAUGUGCUAUCCCAACAUCGAAGCUUGAUAUGGCCGCUGCUAACGUUGCUAUUAAGCCUAAACCUCCACCACAAAUAUCGGCGACCAUAAUCCGGCGCAACACAGAACCUCCACAGCCUGGAGUAGACGCACCAGACGCUGGGUCCCCACCUCCAUCCAUUCCUAUCAUUAACCGACAGGAAGACAUACUCAUGACCGAACGACGAGCAACGGUCUCCGUCUAUCUUGUCUGCCGAGUCCUUAUUGAAAUAUUCAAUCAAAGUUCUAUCAAUGCGAUUACACAGGAAAUGGCCAGCCGGCUGGAGGACAUUGUGUUUGGACAGCUGAAGGCGGUUGAUCCGGAACAAAUUGCUGCAUCACCGCUAAGAAUGGCUAACUGGCGCAUCUAUGGGCAAUUACUCGGUAUCAUGAGUGAAAACAACUUCUCCAGUGUUUCCAACCAGUACCUUACCGAACUGGCUCAAUACCAACGAGAGGAGGGACGGAUACCCGCUACCAAGGAGGCUGAGACUAGAGCCGAGUUAUUAAUUUACGGAAUGCGACACCUUCGGCUUCGAGUUUACCCUGAUGAGAGAUGGGCAAAGACAUGUGAUUUUUUGCAAUCACUUGCUAGGCUGUUCAGUGACGCACACGGCCAACGGCUGAAACAAGCAUACUGUCAGAUACUCGAGACUUUUCUGCUUCCUAUCGCCGCCAAUCCUAGUUGUGACCUGUCCUCGCCCAAAUGGAAGGAAUUCCUAGAGAUUCUUGUGCCUCGUCUAUCUCAAGUUCUCAUCAAACCUCGACAUUGGAAUAGCGCUUUUCCUCUUCAUAUUCUCCUCCUAUGUGUAUCACCUCGAGACACAUUCCUCUCUCAAUGGAUGCCCACUGUGAAUGCUCUUUCGCCAAAGCUGAAAGAGCGUCCCACUAGAGCAGCUGCACUUCAGGCCAUAUGCAGAUUACUCUGGACUUACUUGUAUCGCUAUGCUGAUCCACUAAGCAAUCCUCUCCGUAAAACGGAAGAGGUUAUUCGAAUUGUUCUUCCUGGUGGGAGACGAACCUAUCUCACCACUGAGCCUACAGUUGCAGAACCAAUCACCCAGUUGGUACGCAUGAUUGGAUUCAAGCAUCCAGAGAUGUGUUUUCGUUCCAUCAUAUUCCCUCUAGUCAAUUCUGAUCUAUUUGCAUCCGGCAAAGACUUGAAAAUCGAGCAUAUGGAACCAGAAAAGAUGGUCAUCGGCAUCCGUUCAUUCCUGGCGAUCAUGGCGGAUAUCGAAAACGGUGGAGGAACACCUCCUCCUUUCCCCCAAGAAUUUGCAAUCACGGAGCAAACCCCCAUCUCCCCUUUCGCUCCUCAUGCGUCUAUCCCCGAGCCACAAUAUACCACACCAUCAACCCCUAAAUCUCAACCGUCUCCGAUCCCAUUUAAUCCAUCAAAGUUGAAUGAUAGUACACGAAAAUACUACCUACGUUUCUGUGAAAUAUUAGGAAAGAUCACAAUAUUAUGUGACAACACGUUUGGGGGACAAGCAGCUCUUGAUGAAAAAUUCGGCGGAGUUACGCCCAAAACUCCCAUAACAGAACAUUUCACCUUCGGACGACGCGAUGACCAUGCGAGCACUCCUGACCAAAAGCAAGGCUUUUACGAUCUUCUACAUGUUGCUGUUCAGGCACUUCCCCGCUGCCUUUCGGACCAUAUACCGUUCAACUCUCUUAUUAACCUACUUUGCACGGGAACUGCACACGUACAGUCUAAUAUUGCGGCAUCGUCUGCAGAAUCACUCAAGUCGAUUGCUCGCCAAUCAUAUGCUCAGCAUGUUGCUAUUGGAUUUGCUCGGUUCAUAUUCAAUUUUGAUGCCAGGUAUUCGACUAUGUCCGAUGAGGGCAUGCUGGGCCCCGGCCAUAUUGAAUCAACAUUACAAUUAUACGUUCAACUUAUACAGAUAUGGAUCGAGGAAAUUAGGCAGAAAACCAAAGAUGCCACCUUUGAUGCGGCUGAGAAGGCUGGUACAGGUACCCGAGGACUUCAGCUCGACCUCUCUGGCGUCCUUGCUCAUGUGGAGGAGAUCGAAUCCCAUGGGCUAUUCUUCUUAUGUUCUCAGUCUAGGAUUGUUCGGGCAUUUGCUAUCACCGUUCUUCGCCUUGUGACGGAAUUCGACACGGCACUAGGAAAGAGCAAUACCCGGAUUAUCCGCAUAAUGGAAGGGGAUUCACGACGAGUCCUAGACUUGAAGGAUGAGUCCCUGACCGUUGCUGAAAGAAGCAGGCUCCAAAAGGGCAGACAAGAAAAUACAGCGCACAACACCCUUAUUGAGCUGUGCAGUAGCGAAGUGUCAUACGACUCCACUUUGUGGGCUAAAGUGUUUCCCAAUCUCAUUCGUAUCAGUUUCGAUACUUGUCCAUUUGCCGUCACUCUUGGGCGUGAAAUCGUUUGUGCCAGAUUGGUUCACAUGCACAAACAAAUCACACAUAUAGCUGAAGGGCCCCCACCUAUACAAAUAAGUUCUCCUGACCAUAUUCCCACGCGUCCGAUUAUUUUACGAAACGGAACGUCACCUGAAGUCAUGAUCGAGCAGUGGAAACUGUAUCUUAUCAUGGCUUGCACUACGUUGAACAGUGCUGGUGCGCAGUCUCAAAGCCAGCUGGCAAAUGCACAACACGCUCGGAAGGCGUCCAAGUCUGGACAACAAAGUCAGGAUAAGAUUAACUCGGCAAGGUCACUUUUCGCAUUCGUGAUUCCGCUUCUCUCUGCCCCCCAUGAUUCCAUCAGAAGUGCCAUUGUUGUUGCCCUAGGCUCUAUCAACAUUGCGUUGUACCGAACCCUCCUGGAAUCGUUGCAAUAUGCUGUAACUACCUGCAAGGAAGAGGCUAAAGUUCGCAUCGGGACGCACCUUCGCACCCCAAGCACACCAAGACGGAACAGACGUACAGAUCUACUCAGGACGGAAGUUACUAAUGUGUAUAAAGCGACUUCUCAUUUCCUUAAGGAGCCGGAAGUAUCCAAUGACGACUGGAUACUUAAUAACAUGGUGACAUAUACCCGAGACCUUCGGAUAUUCCUUAGUGAUGUGGAAGUGCAAAAUGAUUUGGAGUUCCAAAAUCUUCGAUUUCAUUUCUGCGGACUACUUGAACAGCUGUUCGACGGUAUUAAACGGUCAAAAGAACCUACUCGAUGGAUGCCAUUUGAAUCCAGGAAAUCUGCCUUCUCCCUCAUGGAAGACUGGUGUGGCUACUCUCCUAAUCAGAGCCAAAUAGCGGCUCGAGAGGAAAACAUGCGGAAGCUUACCAUUGCAAGGCAGAGGGAGAAUGGGGAGGUUCGUAGCACUGCUGCAAUGGAGAUCGAGAAAAGAAACCUACGUACCGCUGCUCUGAGUGCCAUGGCGUCUCUCUGCGGAGGCCCGAUACGCAUUUCAACAGAAAGCGGAGCCAUUCUCCAGUUCGAUAUUAGGCGUAUGCUUUCGUGGAUCGACAUCAUUCUCAACACUGAAAGCGACAAGUUACAUACCAUUGGUCGACGAGCAUUGAAGAAUCUGAUCGUUCACAACAAAACUCUCCCGUACUUACUUGAGCAAUGUAUCGAGAUGUGUUACCUAUCGGAGCGACCCAAGGCUCUCGAAAGCUACUUUGAAGUUUUUUCCCAAGUUGUUGUGGAGGAAAGCGACUACCCCGUUGCAUUCUGGCGUAUCCUAGGUGCCGUCUUGUUCACUCUCGGGAACUCUAAAAGGGAGAUCCGCAUGAAAUCCGCUCGCUUACUGAGAACAAUUGAAGAGCGAGAACAGAAAAACUCGAGAUUACAGGAUUUCGAUAUUAGUAUCUCUGACAGGACUACUGCUGUUUAUAAGCUUGCUCAAUUCGAGACUUCGAAACGACUUGCACAGCAACAUGCUGAUUUGGCAUUCAUCAUCUUUUCAGAGUUCUCUUUACACUUCAAAAACAUCCAACCGGAUACACAGCGUAAUAUGGUUGCUGCAAUUCUCCCUUGGAUCCAGGCGAUCGAGCUUCAACUAGAUCCGAAUGGUGGUCCGACUUCAAGAUCAUACAUGUUGCUAUCUAACCUUUUUGAAAUCACCAUUCGGUCUGGGACUGUGCUACCAAACGAGGUUCAGGCUCUUUGGCAAGCUCUUGCAACUGGCCCUCAUGCUGGCAAUGUACAGCUGGUUCUUGACUUUAUAAUCAACCUUUGCCUAGAGAGGAGGGAACAAAACUUCGUCGAUUAUGCUAAACAAAUAGUUGUUUUCCUAGCCUCGACUCCAGCCGGUUCCAAGGUGAUCGAGUUCUUCUUGCUUCAAGUCGUACCCAAGAAUAUGGUACACGAACGGCGUGAGCCGCUUCCCGCUCCGUCUGAUCUGUCAAGCCUGCCAUACGUUGCGGACCUAGGUACCAUUUUACCCGUCGGGAACAAGCAAGUUGGCUUAUCUUUGGGACAGGUGUCCAUGAUAUUCCUUGUCGACUUGAUGGUUGCGCCAGUGAGCAUCGGAUUCGAGAGUGUCAUCAAACUAAUCCAUGUUGCACUUAUAUUUUGGGAUCACUAUACCUUGACCGUUAGAGAGCAAGCUCGCGAAAUGCUGGUUCAUCUAAUUCAUGAGCUUGUCGCAUCGAAACUGGAAAAUGAGGUCGAAGGUGCCCAACGUCAAUCAAUCGAGGAUUUCGUGGAAUGCAUCAGACAAAGUGAUUCUACGGUGGUAUGGGAGUAUGAGGACAACAAUGGAAAAGACGAGAAAGCAGCAGGCACAAGGGUGCCGUCGUCUAUGCAUCAUGUUGCCCACAGCGUAGCUAGAAUAUUUACCGCUGUUUACGAAGGGGUAAAUGACCACUGGUCUAGAGAAGCGUUGAACUGGGCCACUUCUUGUCCCGUUAGACAUCUCGCCUGUCGGUCGUUUCAAGUAUUCAGAUGCAUAUCUACGUCUCUUGAUUCUCGGAUGCUUGCCGAUAUGCUUGCACGGCUAUCGAAUACCAUUGCCGAGGAAGAAACGGACUACCAGACCUUCUCAAUGGAAAUAUUGACCACAUUGAAAGUCAUUAUCAGCUCCCUUGCCCCACAAGACCUCUUACGAUACCCUCAGCUGUUUUGGACCACCUGUGCUUGCCUUAACACAAUCCAUGAACGUGAAUUUAUGGAAAGUCUUGCUAUGCUUGAAAAGUACUUGGAUAAAAUAGAUCUUUCUGACGAGGGCGUGGCUGCCAAACUUUUAGAAAGCAAGCCGCCGAAGUGGGAGGGGGAAUUCUGCGGAAUUCAGGACCUGGUCUAUAAGGGAUUGAAAUCGUCAGAGUCCUUACACGAAACACUCCGGAUGCUGAGAAGACUAGCAGUAUUGCCAAAUACUGAUCUAAUUGGCGAUGGGAAUCGCUUGUUGUUUGCGGUCUGGGCAAACCUACCCGAAUUGCUAAAUGAAUAUGAUCCUUCUAAGCCGUCAACCAAUAUUGAGAUUCAUGCGACUCUUCUCGCAAGCAUUGCUGACAAACAAGGCUACUCUCAAUUGUCCAACAGUUUGUUAGCUCUUUCCCGAACACAAUAUCGGACAAGUGAUGAAUUCUUGGCUGUUAUUGUCAACUCAAUAUCGAUGUACUUUUUCCCGGGCCAGGAUGUGCAGAGCUUGGUAUUCUUGAUGGGUCUGCUAACUAACAACACGUCGUGGUUCCGAGUUAGCCUCAUGCGGAUUCUCAGUUCAGUUAUAUCCGAAAUUGACAUGCGUCGACCAGACAUCUCCUGCCAUGGUCCUGACCUCAUUUCCCCCUUGCUUCGGCUCCUGCACACAAACCUUUGCCCCCAGGCCCUUGGAGUUCUUGACCACAUUAUGACCGUUGCCGGCAACCCCAUGGAGCGCCACCACCUUCGAAUGAGUAUGGCUUCUUCGGCUUCAUCAAGAGCUAUCCGGAAGGAGUUUGAAGGAAUUCAGAGUUUAUAUGGCAUCCCCGAGCCCAAUGGAUGGUCAAUUCCAAUCCCGGCUGUGCAGUCAAACCUCACCAGAAACAAUGUACAUGCCGUGUUCUAUACCUGCGCCGAGGAAGAUGGUCUGGGAGGGCAGUCAACAACUUCCCCGGACCUAGAGUUCCACGUUGAUGACUACGGUGACUCGUAUUUCCCGGCAUUCCGUGCAGACACAAUGAAAUCAGUUGAUACAGGGAAUGAAACAAACAUGGGCGACUUGCUCCAGAAGCUGGAUAGCCUGGACGAUUUCUUCGAAGAGACAGAGGUCAAUCCCUCCGUGCCUUCCAUAACCGGAGCGUCUCUACAUAGCUUUACAGCGAAUGAUUUUCCAGAUGCAAGCACACACUUAUACGACCAGCAUACGGCUCCCCUGUUACGAAAGUCUCUAGCUAGAACGGCGUCAUCGUCCUCGUUCCACAAUGGCUUUGCUGAUUCUAGGCUUCCUCUCACGCGCACUGAUUCUAACAGUGUUGGUACCCCUUCUAUCCACCCUUCACCUCUAAGCACCACUUCUUCGUCCUCUAACCAACCACGACGCGGCUCCCUCCACACCCGUUCAAUUACCUCACCAAGCAAUUAUUAUCCGCAGCCUGGCAACAACAAUGGCAAUCCGGGUACUCCUGAGCCAGGCUAUAUCGGGCGAUCUUUCCUCUCGGAUGAUGAUAUUGAGGAUGCGUUGUCGGACUCCGAAGAUCGCCUAACGCUUCAGUAUCCAUCAUCCUCUACUUCCCGUGCAGCCAUCAUUGGCAAUAGCAACCCCGAAGGCGGCUCCUUUUCUCUGGACACCAUGAUUCGAAGUGGUGUUCGCCGACUGACCGGUGGCAACAACGCGGGAAGAGAAAGAGAUCGUCAACGCGAGCUAUUAAGAGCCCAACAACGGGCCAUUGUACAGUCAGCUACUUCUCCCAGAGUACCAAAAGUUCCCCCAGAGUAUCUAACAGGUGGAGCAAACAACCCAACCUCGCCCAACCAGUGA